GGGGUCCCAAGGUUGAUACUUUUGUUCAAUAAUCCUAGUACCUUAUCUACAGAUAAAUAUUAUAAAGAGGAUACCUCUGCCUCACACACACAGCCUCCUUCCAGAAGUUCCAGUACUUUAUCCUCGAGUAGCAGCUAGAUCCCUUGCAGCAAAAGGACCAGUGAACUCACAGAAGCCACGAUACUGCAGUGACCUCACCUCUUCUGUCAUUUAACCGGACUGGAUCUAGCUACUACCAGGUGUCACAUUUAUAGCAUCAGACUCAGUCACUGACGAUAAACAAGAUGAACAAAUACAGGAAGCAGAUAGCAGAACAGUUCCUGAGUCAGGCCCUGGGCAUCAUCUGCCUGCUGACCGGAGAGGAAUACACCAUUGUGAAGAAGAGGCUCUCCCAAAGCAGCGUUCAACAGCUGAGCGGAGAGGUGCCUAUAAAGUGUGAUGAUGUUGCUGUGUAUUUCUCUAUGGAGGAGUGGGAGUAUAUAGAGGGACACAAGGAGCUUUACAAGGACGUCAUGAUGGAGACUCACCAAGCACUAAGGACUAAGGAGAUCCAUGGAAAUGAGAACUCAGAACUAACAGGUCACAGAGAUGAAAAUCUAUAUACAGGAGCACAUAGCGAACUGGUACAGAAUAUUCAGCCAGUGGAGACCCCAUCAGACGUCUCUGCAGAACUAACAGGUUACAGUGAUGAAAAUCUAGACACAGGAUCACAUGGGGACCUUGUACAGAAUAUUCAGCCAUCAGAUGUCUCUGCAAAUGACAUUAAUACUGACGUAGAUGUCAAAACAGAAGAUCUGAGUGUAAUGUGUCAGCUGGAAGCUCCAAUGCAGGAAUUGUGUGACAGUGACAAUGAAGGUGAAAAAGAUGCUAAGAUUUCAUGUAACACAGAACAAAUAGAAGAUCAGUGGCUAAGAAAUAUAACAGAAGCUGCAGAGCAGGAAAUAUGUGAUAAAAUAAAUUCAGGUGAAAACGAUGCUAAGAUUUCAUGUAACAUGGGACAAACAAAAGAUCAGUGGCUAAGAAAUAUCCAACCAUCAGAGCAGGAAAUUUGUGCCAAUGCAAGUACAGGUGAAUUCACAAACUGCAAUAAUCCUAGUCAUGAUCAGAGUCCAAAUGCUUCUUUACAUCUUCAAAAUCAAAGAAGCCACGUGGGAAAUUUAUGUACUGAAUGUGGGAAAUGUUUUUUUAAGAAAUCACAUCUUCUUAAACAUCUAAAAAUUCAGACAGGAAAAAAGCCAUUUUCCUGUCCUAUAUGUGGGAAAUGUUUUAACUGUAAAAACAUUCUUGUUGCUCAUCAGAAAAAUCAUACAGGUGAAAAACAAUUUUCAUCUUCUGAUUGUUGGAAAUGCUUUACUCGGAAAUCAAAUCUCAUUACACAGAAAAUUCAUACAGGGGAGAAAGCAUUUUCAUGUUCUGACUGUGGGAAAUGUUUUACUCGGAAAUCAAAUCUCAUUGCACAUCAGAAAAUUCAUACAGGGGUGAAAGGAUUUUCAUGUUCUGACUGUGGAAAAUAUUUUACUCUGAAAUCAACUCUUAUUAAGCAUCAAAAAAUUCAUACAGGGCAGAAAGCAUUUUCAUGUUCUGACUGUGGGAAAUGUUUUAUUCUUAAAUCAACUCUUAUUAUGCAUCAGAAAAUUCAUACAGGGGAGAAAGCAUUUUCAUGUUCUGACUGUGGGAGAUGUUUUACUCAGAAAUCAAAUCUCAUUACACAUCAGAAAAUUCAUACUGGGGUGAAAGGAUUUUCAUGUUCUGACUGUGGAAAAUGUUUUACUCGGAAAUCAACUCUUCGUAUGCAUCAACAAAUUCAUACAGGGGAGAAAGCAUUUUCAUGUUCUGACUGUGAGAAAUGUUUUACUUUGAAAUCAGCUCUUAUUAUGCAUCAGAAAAUUCAUACAGGGGAGAAAGCAUUUUCAUGUUCUGACUGUGGGAAAUGUUUUAAUCGGAAAUCAAAUCUCAUUACACAUCAGAAAAUUCAUACAGGUGUGAAAGGAUUUUCAUGUUCUGACUGUGGAAAAUGUUUUACUCAGAAAUCAACGCUUCGUAUGCAUCAACAAAUUCAUACAGGGGAAAAAGCAUUUUCAUGUUCUGACUGUGGGAAAUGUUUUACUGUGAAAUCAGCUCUUAUUAUGCAUCAGAAAAUUCAUACAGGGGAGAAAGCAUUUUCAUGUUCUGACUGUGGGAAAUGUUUUACUCAGAAAUCAACUCUCAUUAUGCAUCAGAAAAUUCAUACAGGGGAAAAAGCAUUUUCAUGUUCUGACUGUGGGAAAUGUUUUACUGUGAAAUCGGCUCUUAUUAGGCAUCAGAAAAUUCAUAUUAAAAGAAAUCAGAGUUUAACCUCCGAAUAAUAUGGUAGUUGUCACCCACACAAUACCAAGUGCUGAUGACUGCAUGUGACCCCCUGGGGCCUGCAGUUUUGGAGCUGUUUGAGAUCUCUUCUGCACCUCAAGCAUUUAUGAGGUGACCCCAGGGAUGAUUUGAUUUAAAAAUUAUGAUUUAAAUCACUAGUCUGUAAGACCGAUUUAGAUCAUGGUUUUCAGAUUAUUUGUUUAUAGUUAUACCAGGCUAUUACUAAAUUGGUUAUAUAUCAUUAGAUAUGCAUAGAUAGAUCAUUGAAAUGAAUUAAAUUAUUUGGAGGUGAAUUAUCUCCAGUUUAAUUGGUUAAUCAUUCACAUUUUAUCAACUUUUCACCUGUACUUUAUUGGAAGUAGGAAAAUUAUUACAUUAAUAACAAUUUAAAUAGUUUUAUUUUACUAAAACUAACAUUUUUCAUUUUUAAUGCUUGCCCCUCCCUCCUCACACUUAGGUCCUUGUGCAGAUCUAUUCCACUACAAACAAUCUUCUAUUAAGUGAACUUCUUGAAACUUAGUAUGGGUUAAUUCUGUGUAUUUAGAUUUGCAGGGGAGUAAUGGCAUUAAAGGAAAGUGAAGUCAAAAUAAGUUUCAUGGUUCAGAAAGAACAUGAAUUUUUAACAAUUUUCCAAUUGACUUCUCUUAUCUAAUUUGCUUUGUUCCUUAGGUAUCCAUUGUUAAAAAGCCUACAUAGGUAGGCUCACUAAAAUGCAAUGCACUACUGUGAGCUAGCUGCUUGUCACGGUCUCACCCAUUGUAUUCAGACAGUCCCCAGUAGAGCAUUGUUCUCCUUCAACAAAGGAUUCCAAAAGAAUGAAGCACAUAUCAUAAUAUAAGUAAAUCUAAAAAUGUUAUGUUCUAUCUAAAACCCAAAAGUUAUAUUUCAUGAUUAUGUCCCUUUUAUGUCUAUUUAUCAACUCUGUAUGUUUAUUUUUUUAGAACAUUUUGCUGUGCAUGUUAUUUCUGCAGACACAAGUUCCCAGGACGAGAACUACAGAAUGAAUCAUGUGAUAUCAUUAAGAUUGAAAAAUUCUCCAAAAUAAUCUGACAGAAACCUUUUGGAGAGCAUGAUAUUGUGAAUAGAUUAAUGGAAUUAAUUAAUAAAAACAUUACAGUAAUGAAUAACAAGCAUCUUGCUAUAUAAUUAAAAACUAAUCUAUAUUUCAGGAUUAAUAACCUUUGGAUUAUAAUGUAACUUUAAUCCAGGGUCCCUAUGUAGGUUUGAAUAGCCAAGGGGGCACCUGGAGCCUCCAUGUUAUUUUUAAUUUCUGCUUAUUUUAGAAAUGUUGCCUAAUACAACUAUAGAUCCACAACAGUUUUGACUAUAGAAUUGAGAAAGAAAAUCUCACUGUUUUGUUUACAACCUUGUUUAUUUAAAUUGUAAUAAAAAGAAAUCCAUCAGAGAGAUGGCAGGAACAUUGGGAGUGGCCAAAUAAUCAGUUUGGUACAUUUUGAGAAGAAAAAAAAAAACUGUCUCUGCAACACAAAAAGGCCUGAUAGUCCAUAACAUUGGUGGAUGAUUGUAGGAUUCUUUCCAUGGUAAGGAAAAACCCCUUCACAACAUUCAGCCAAGUGAAGAAAACUCUCCAGGAGGUAGGCAUAUCAUUAUCCUAAUGUAUCAUAAAGAGAAGACUUCUCAAGAGCAAAUACAGAGGGUUCCGCACAAGUUGCAAACCAUUCAUAUACUUCAAGAAUAGAAUGGCCAGAUUAGAUUAUGCCAAAAAAUAUCUUCAAAGAAUGCUGUUCCAGAACUGGGCUGGCUUUUUUUUGACAGAUGGCACUAAGAUCAUGCUGUACCAGAAUGAUGGGAAGAAAAAAGUAUGGGGAAGACUUGGAACAGCUCGUGAUCUGAAGAAUACCACAUUAUAUGUAAAACACGGUGGAUGCAGUGUGAUGGCAUGGGCAUGCAUGGCUUCCAAUGACAAUGGGUAACUAGGGUUUAUGAUGUGACAGAAGCAGCCACAUGAAUUCUAAAGUGUAUAGGGAUCGUCACUGACACAAAACAUACUGUGAAAGCAGCCCAGGAGUUUUUCAAGGCAAAGAAGUGGAAUAUUAUGUUAUGGCCCAGUCAAUAGAGCAUGCAUUUCACUUGCUGAAGACAGAACUUAAUGCAGAAAAACCUAGGAACAAAACACAACUGAAGACCGCUGUAGUAAAGACCUGGCAAAGCAUCACAAAGGAGGAAACCCAACAUUUGGUCGUUUGGUGAUGUCCAUGCGUUCCAGACUUCAAGCAGUCAUUGCUUGCAAAAGAUUCUCAAUGAAUUAUUAAAAAUCAACAUUUUAUUUAUGAUUUGUUAAUUUGUCCAAUUACAUUUGAGCCCCUAAAAUUUCAGGACUGUGUAUGAAAAUGGUUGCAAUUCCUAAACGUUUCAUACAAUAUUUUUGUUCAACCCCUUGAAUUAAAGAUGAAAGUCUGAACUUCA